AUGAGCGGCAGCGGCGAUCCCGAGCGCGAGCAUGCCCUCGAGCAGUACAAGGGCAAGCUUCUGGAGUCAAGAGAAUGGGAGGCAAAGCUCAAGUCGCUGCGGUUAGACAUCAAGGGCCUGCAGCACGACUUUGACGUAUCAGAGGACAACAUCAAGGCGCUACAGAGUGUGGGACAGAUAAUAGGAGAGGUGCUGAAGCAGCUGGAUGAGGAGAGGUUCAUUGUCAAGGCAUCAUCAGGACCCCGCUAUGUCGUUGGAUGUCGGUCCAAGGUCGACAAGGUGAAGUUGAAGCAAGGGACACGUGUCGCGCUCGACAUGACCACACUCACCAUCAUGCGCAUGCUACCCCGCGAAGUCGAUCCCCUCGUCUACAACAUGUCUUUGGAGGACCCCGGACAAGUCAGCUUCGGCGGUAUUGGUGGCCUGAACGAGCAGAUCAGAGAACUGCGAGAGGUCAUCGAGCUGCCGCUGAAGAACCCCGAACUCUUCCUGAGAGUAGGGAUCAAGCCACCGAAGGGUGUGCUACUUUACGGCCCGCCCGGUACAGGAAAGACACUUCUGGCGCGAGCGGUAGCAAGCAGUCUGGAAACCAACUUCCUCAAGGUCGUCUCGUCAGCCAUCGUCGACAAGUACAUUGGAGAGUCGGCGCGUCUCAUCCGUGAGAUGUUCGGCUAUGCCAAGGAGCACGAGCCCUGCAUCAUCUUCAUGGACGAAAUCGAUGCGAUUGGUGGACGAAGAUUCUCAGAGGGUACAUCAGCAGAUCGAGAGAUCCAGCGUACGCUCAUGGAGCUGCUCAACCAGCUGGACGGUUUCGACUACCUCGGACAGACCAAGAUUAUCAUGGCCACAAACCGACCGGAUACCCUCGACCCUGCUCUUCUCCGUGCUGGUCGUCUGGACAGGAAGAUCGAGAUCCCGCUGCCCAACGAGGUUGGACGUCUCGAGAUCAUGAAGAUUCACGCCUCAAGCGUGGUCACAGACGGUGAGAUUGACUUCGAGAGCAUAGUCAAGAUGAGCGACGGCUUCAACGGUGCCGAUUUGCGAAACGUGGUUACAGAAGCCGGCCUGUUUGCUAUCAAGGACUACCGCGAUGCGAUCAACCAGGAUGAUUUCAACAAGGCUGUGCGAAAGAUGGCCGAGUCAAAGAAGCUGGAAGGCAAGCUCGAGUACCAGAAGUUGUAGGGUCUGUUUCUGGCUGGCUUUGAGGAACGGCGCCUACUGAAGGCCACCCUCAGUGAUGCAAGUACACCCUUAUGUAUGAUAACAGAAUAGAAGGGCGCAGAAUAAUGCCAUUUUUGCUCCCCCAA